AUGGCAUCAAAUGUAAGUCGACUUUGCCAGCUGCUGAGCCGGUCGCUGCCAACACACUCAAGGCGAUGUCUGGUGACAGCAUCCGCAGGUGAGAACAGUAUCCAGGUGAGGGAAGCGAUCCGACAAGCACUGGACGAAGAGAUGGCGAGGGACAAACGUGUCUUCCUACUCGGUGAAGAAGUGGCUCACUAUGAAGGCGCAUACAAGUGCUCAAAAGGCAUAAUGCAAAAACACGGCGAAGAACGCUGCUUCGAUACGCCGAUCUCGGAGAUGGGAUUUGCCGGAUUAGCCGUUGGUGCAGCAUUCAUGGGCCUCCGCCCAAUAUGCGAAAUGAUGACUUUCAAUUUUUCAAUGCAGUGUAUUGAUCAUAUCAUCAACAGUGCCGCAAAAACUUACUAUAUGUCAGCCGGUCGAGUAAAUGUACCAAUUGUAUUUCGUGGACCAAAUGGGCCAACACCUGGUGUGGCUGCGCAGCAUACGCAAGAUUUCUCAUCCUGGUUUGCAUUUUGUCCGGGAUUGAAGGUUUUGAUUCCCUACAAUUCGGAAGAUGCGAAGGGCCUGCUAAAGGCCGCUAUUCGAGAUGAUAACCCAGUAGUUGUGCUGGAAGACGAAAUUUUGUACGGGCAUAAAUUUCCGGUUUCGUCGGAAGUUCUAUCGCCGGAUUUCGUUAUACCAAUUGGAAAGGCAAAAAUUGAAGUGCCGGGCAACGACGUGACAAUUGUUUCCUACGGCAAAUCGAUGACCCAAGCCUUUCAAGGCACUGAAGAGUUAGCCAAACAAGGAAUUCAUGCCGAGAAUUCCGUAAAGAAAACGCAUCAUUUGGUAACUGUCGAGGUUGGCUGGCCAUUCUGUAACAUUGGUGCCGAAAUCAGUGCUCAGAUGGCUGAAUCGGAGGUGUUUGAUUACCUGGAUUCACCGAUUCAACGUGUGACCGGUGUGGAUGUGCCGAUGCCGUAUUCGGAGCCGGUUGAGGUGUUCUCGAUGCCAAAAGGCGAGCACGUUGUGAAAGCAGUCAAGACAAGUUUGAACAUCUCGUAG